AUCCGUUUCAUUUUUCUCUGCUAUUUCUCUGGUCUCUCGGGCUUCCAAUCUUGUCCAUUUUUCCAUUUCGUUUUUCUCUCUUCGACUACUCUAUCACCAGAACUCGCAUAGGUUUAAGCCAAGCCCUCUUCGUUGAGGGUUUUUCCCAGGAGGUUUAAUUUACAAUUUCUGAUGCUGAAGAAAUAACAAGACUUGGAGGCUUUGCUCUUCUGUGUGAAAAAUGUUGGACGGUGGCUCAAAGUUCCCUGGAAUAAUAGACCUCAACAAACACAAUAACUACUAUGAUUUUUCUCAAGGCUUUUACCAUAAGCUUGGGGAGGGUACCAAUAUGUCAAUUGACAGCAUUGGGAGCUUGCAAACAAGUAAUGGUGGAGGCUCUGUUGCGAUGUCCAUUGAUAAUAGCAGUGUUGGGUCCAAUGAUUCCCAUACUCGCAUGUUGGACCACCAAGGGCUGCGGAGGCGUGCCAAUGAUAACUACUCUGUGGCACAUAGUGUCAAUCGUCGGGGAAGAGUUACACAUGCUUUGAGUGAUGAUGCUUUAGCUCAAGCUCUAAUGGACAACAGUUCUCCGACUGAGGGGCUUCGCAAUUUUGAUGAUUGGACAAUUGAUUUAAGGAAACUUAAUAUGGGUGAGGCUUUUGCUCAAGGAGCUUUUGGGAAACUCUAUAGGGGUACUUACAAUGGUGAAGAUGUUGCUAUCAAGAUCUUGGAGAGGCCUGAAAAUGAUCCAGCAAAGGCUCAGUUGAUGGAACAGCAAUUUCAGCAGGAGGUCACAAUGCUGGCUACGCUAAAGCAUCCCAACAUAGUUCGUUUCAUUGGUGCGUGCCGUAAGCCAAUGGUAUGGUGCAUUGUAACUGAGUAUGCCAAAGGCGGUUCAGUUCGACAGUUUUUAAUGAAGCGUCAAAACCGAUCAGUCCCCCUCAAAUUGGCUGUCAAACAAGCUCUGGAUGUUGCACGGGGGAUGGAAUAUGUUCAUGGCCUUGGGUUCAUCCACAGGGACUUGAAAUCUGACAAUCUUUUGAUUUUUGGUGACAAAUCAAUUAAAAUUGCCGACUUUGGAGUUGCUCGGAUUGAGGUGCAAACUGAAGGAAUGACACCUGAAACUGGAACAUACCGUUGGAUGGCUCCGGAGAUGAUCCAGCAUAGGCCUUACACACAAAAAGUGGAUGUAUAUAGCUUUGGAAUUGUUCUUUGGGAACUCAUCACUGGUAUGCUUCCGUUUCAGAACAUGACAGCAGUGCAGGCAGCAUUUGCAGUUGUCAACAAAAAUGUUCGCCCAAUCAUACCGAAUGAUUGCCUACCUGUUCUCCGUGAUAUCAUGACAAGAUGCUGGGAUCCCAAUCCUGAUGUUAGGCCACCAUUUGCUGAAAUUGUAGGAAUGCUUGAGAAUGCGGAGACUGAGAUCUUGACAACAGUUCGGAAGGCCCGGUUUAGGUGUUGCAUCACUCAACCAAUGACUGCUGACUGAUCCUGGGAAAGCAAAUGAAAAAAGGAAGUCAUAAAAACAUAGACUGGAAAAUUUGGGGGGAAGAUAAGACUCCGGUAGUGAAGGGAGACUAUAUAAUAGCUUUGUGUUUUUGUGUGUUUUAUUUCUUUCUUCUGAAGAUAAAAAAUGAAAAUCUUAUCUGGAGACUUUUUGCUUAUUCGGUUUCUGUUUACUGGAUGUCUGUUCUGACUUAGUAAAGAGGAUAUCGUGUAUGUAAUACAUGCAUGCAUUAGCAUUAUAUUUAUGUAUAGCUUCUGAAAGCAAGAUGGAAUGAGAUCAUGGACGAUAACUUUUGCCGU